UCAUCACCCGCCGAAGCAGAGAGACAAAAAGAAACCAUGCACUCCUCUUCUCACGGGAUUCAAGCUCUCUCUUUUCUCUCUCUCUCUUAGGGUUUUGAGAGGAUUCUCGUUCUAGGGCGGAGGAGAUUGGGGGAUGAUGGCGGAGAUGGAAAGCGGCGGAGAAGAGUUGGAAGGAUCGGAGCUGCUGCUGUUGGGAUCCGACGAGAGGGAGCGGUCGUGGCGGCUUAAUUUUGAUGGGUUCCGGCGAUCGGAGCACCUUGAAAAGCCGCCGCGCCGGUUGCAAGAUUGUCUCGGUGUAUUAGGUUCUGGAGAUGAUGUGGCUGAUUAUUAUCAACAGCAGGGAGAAAUGUUGGAGGGUUUUACCGAAAUGGACACCUUGACUGAUCGUGGUUUUCUUCCUAGACUGUCAAAGGAAGAACGUGAAAGCAUUGCUAAAGCUGAGAAGAUGGCAAUUCGAAUAUCUAAUCUUGCAAACAUGGUUCUCUUUGCUGCCAAAGUGUAUGCUUCAUUUAGGAGCGGCUCAUUGGCAAUAAUUGCAUCCACAUUGGAUUCCCUGCUCGACUUGUUAUCUGGUUUUAUCCUAUGGUUCACUGCAUUUUCUAUGCAAACCCCUAAUCCAUACCGAUAUCCCAUUGGCAAAAGGCGAAUGCAGCCACUGGGAAUACUUGUCUUUGCAUCUGUUAUGGCCACAUUGGGACUUCAGAUAAUCAUCGAGUCUACACGCUCUCUAAUUUCUAAUGAAAAUGAAUUCAGCUUGACCAAGGAACAAGAGAAAUGGGUUGUGGACAUUAUGUUAUCAGUUACACUUGUGAAACUUGUUCUUGUUAUCUAUUGUCGCUCAUUCAAGAAUGAGAUAGUCAAGGCUUAUGCUCAAGAUCAUUUCUUCGAUGUCAUUACCAAUAUCAUCGGGCUUGUUGCAGCACUCCUCGCCAACUACACAAAGGAUUGGAUUGAUCCUGUUGGAGCUAUAAUUUUGGCGCUGUACACUAUCCGGACAUGGUCAAUGACUGUACUGGAGAAUGUAAACUCUCUGGUCGGCCGUGCUGCAGCACCUGAAUUCCUGCAGAAGCUGACAUACUUGUGCUGGAACCAUCACAAGGCCAUAAAACAAAUUGACACGGUCCGAGCCUACACAUUUGGCUCCCAUUACUUCGUGGAGGUGGACAUCGUGCUGCCAUCGGAGAUGCCUCUGAGGGAAGCACAUGACAUUGGCGAGGCCCUGCAGGAGAAGCUGGAACUAUUACCUGAGAUCGAACGCGCCUUUGUUCACCUUGACUAUGAAUUCACUCAUCGGCCGGAGCAUGCCCAGGCACAUGAUAUAUAGUACAUAAUGUGAAGGUACCUAACUUUUCUCGUAGUCAUUUAGGAUUUUGUUUGUGUAGUAUUUGAACUUGGAAAAUGAAGUAACCUUGGCAUUAAUUAAAUGUGUGGAACUAAAUAUGGUACUUGGCCAACCACGAAAUUAGGGUUUCCAAUUGCAGCUCUAAGUUGCUGUGCAGCAUGCGGUUGUAGUGCAUUUGAAAUGGUAACUUGUUUGUCAAAUUUCUGUUCUAUCUAUCAAAGCCAGAAGGUUAGUGAAAGGAUCAUGUUUUUAUUUUGGAAAA